GUUUAAAGGUAGGCUACUCAAAUACACUGAUGGAACUGGAAUGUGUUCUUUUGUAAAUGUAAAUGCAAAUGUAACAGGUGACAUCCGGAAGUUGAGCAGUAGGAAGUGACAGGUGUGCUGUUUUUGUGCACCAGUGGAUGUGGGUGAAUUCGCUGCUUACAAUAAACGUGGCGAUCACAAAUUAUUCGAAUUAACACGACAGUAAGACAUUGACUUUGUAAUUUGGUGACAAUCGCACCAUCGGAUGCUAUCGAAACAUGAAAGAGCCCUCACCUUUUAUUAGCACGGAACGCCCUCCGUGUUGACGGCACUGGUCCUUGUUGACGUAUGUACUGCGCUGCUGCCUACUUCGGAAUCCUGUAACUACACUUCCCAGCAGCCAUCACAGUCCUCCACCCCCGAGUCCAGCCGGUGUAUUUGGAUACAAAGUCAGCCGUAGCCACUGACAGCUCGGUCCACUGAAUGGAAUAUAUCUUUGUGUGGGAAAAUGUUUUUGAUCGUAAUGGACAGAUGAUCUUUCGAAUGACCACGACAGGAAAGACUCAAACAAAUAGCUCUCCUUGUGUAUUCUAAUUGGUAGGUUUAUUGCAUUGUUAUUGUAAAAAAAGAAAAACAGUGGACACCUUCGGACAUAUUCACACGCCCAUGCGACGAGGAUAUGAGAUGGAUAUGACAUAGCAUAGCAAACUAGGCUAUACAUGUCAUACAAAAAUAAUGAGAGUUUAAAUAUCUGUCAUCUCUAUUAUUAGAACAGUGGACAGUAAACUUAAGGUAGGCGUCGCAGUUGGAUUAUAAGUGGUUGUCAUUUGUCGUCGGUAACUGUUCUUUUUUAUCCUUAUUACAAUGAAGAUGGUGGAUUCUUCUCCCACGGACUUCGCUACAGCCAAAGGGAACACAUUUCUGAAGUGGAUUUCAUGUAAUGUUCAUUUCGCUGUCGCGAUUCGUAGCGACAUCACCGUCGACGCUGUACCAUCAAGAUACAUUGAUAACAGAAAUAAUAGCUACUCAUUUCUAUACAGAUAAUAGACUUGCAUCCGUCUUGUCGUUACGUGGUUUGGGUAGCUAUAGCUAACGGGCUAGCUGGCUUUACGCGGCUGUAAAGGAGAAUAGGAACAAGAAUAUAAGGCAAUGAUAUGUGCAACGGCGCUAUCUUGAUAGCUAAAAUGAAUGGAUGAUGAUACAUCUUACCUCCGAAAAUAAUAGUAGGCUAAUGGGCAGAACUACUGUAAAUUAGGCUAUAUCAUAUUGAUUAGGCUGUAGUGACAGCAAGAGCGACUGUUCGCAGAGUGUUGUUGCGGUGGCUAGGCUUAUUUCUGACAUGGUUCUAGCUCAAAUAAACCAUUUGAAAUAUUAGGUGCACUUCAUGGGUGUCGUUGGAUUAACGUAUUUAUUCCGCUUAAGGGCAAACACUGGGAUUCGUGUGUUCGGGUGCCCUACUAUUUGCUUACGAUGUCUGUAGCUCCAGGAAAAGAAACAAACGCAUGCAACGUACAUUGUGGCUGAUAUGCAGAAUGAGCUAUCAGUACUCAGUUCUGAUCAUGCAAAUGCGAGAUAUUUAGAAACCGAACUGUGCUAGCUAGCUAGGUCCGGGUGCUUUUCAACGGAUGUUUACAGGCAUUAAGCAUGCUUAUACGUUUCGUGAUCAUUAGGAUUUAUCCAAGGAAGCGACAAGGGCAAUAACACCCAACUAAAACAUUUGAAAACAUACGCGUCACUUCACAAGACUGGCUGUUUUUCGCAUUCUGGCAAGAUGCAUCCACUGCCAGCCAACUGAGCCAAUGUAUCCCAACUUGGUGGGGGAACAGCCAAAACAAAUCGAGUCCGUCAGGACUGUGCUCCAGGCAACGUAGACAAGCCACACAGCUGUUAGCCUAAAUAUAUUUUUCUUUUGAUACAUCUCAAAUACACACUUUGCCUAAAGACUAUGACAUAAUUUACUGUUAUAAGCUAAACCAAAUCAUUCGACCGAGCGCGCUCUCAGAUUUGUGCGGGCCACCUGAAGUAAUAAAUGUAGGCUAGAUGCUUCGUUUGGUACAAUGCAAUCAAUUUAAAUGUCAUCACACACAGCGAGGCUGGAUGAAGAGUCUCUAGUUAUGUAAAUUAAUUAAAUUGCGAAGUCUGACAUAAAAAGGAAAACACCGCAAAAACACAAGCCGUUUCUUGGAUGAAUAUUGCUCGCGCACCACCAACUUAUAUAGCUAAAUAAUCGUAGGGGAGGGGUUGUGGGGGGGAAAGAAUAAGCACGUACUCGGUGGUCUUGUGGACAGACAGUAAAGCAAAGGACUACUGCAUGUUACCUGUGCAAUGCAAUGCGGAGUAGGCUGUUUGUCCCAUACGACUGAACACGUUGGGUCAGUUGUAAACUCAGUGAAGGAGCAUUCAUCUGUCAGGACAGUUGCAAACGCAAUGUCCGUACCUUUAUCUUUAACAAGCCAGCUGAGCUGUCGGUAACACAUUUAUUCUUUUGCAUUACAAUUGAACUUGCACCAGACUUAGGGGCAGGUGCUCGGCAGGCUCUUGUUUGCGGUAAAGACAAUGGAAAAGCUGGAACCCUUUGCCUACUGCCUCCCGGAUAGCUAUAGAUUUACAGUAAGCACGUCGUCUCCUGACAGACCAGUACACUCAGGAAACUGCUUAUAAAUGAUAAUACUGGGUGCAUCAGCGGCAGCAGUGACUAUCCCCCCACAGCAGCAAAAAUAAUGGAACAGAGCAACUUCUGAUUUACUCAUUGAUAUCUCCCCACACACCCUCCUUAAGCAAGGUUGGACUCAGUGCAUGGAUUCUGUAUGGAAUUUGUGCAUGCCGUGAGACAGGGCCCGAUCCAGCCUCUGAGCCCACAUCGUUGAGCUGUGGGCCACCGCCGCCAUGGACCCCUAUGGCAGAAUGAGCGGCACCACCGCCCCAUUGCCCUGUGCGAGCUGCGGGGGCUGCCUGCCCCCCUCCGCCUCCUGUGCCCCUCCCCCCAGCGACGCCCAGCCACCCUGCCCGUCGCUGGCAGAGAACGGCAGUAGUUGGAACUCCUCCACGCUGUCCUCCUCCGGCUCGCCUGACUCCCACCCCCACCACCUCCACCAAUGCGGCCCCAACCCCUUCUGGACAGCGGUGUUUGACUAUGAGGCCACCGCAGAUGAGGAGCUGACGCUGCGGAGGGGGGACGUACUGGAGGUACUCUCCAAAGACUCAAAGGUGUCUGGGGAUGAGGGCUGGUGGACGGGGAAGAUCCAGGACAAGGUCGGCAUCUUCCCCUGCAAUUACGUGACGAGGCGGGAUGGCGGCUACCAGCCGCCGCUGCCCCCAGAGGGCCUGGUAGGGGGCGGCGACUGCCCCCUGGAGAUCGAUUUCGCGGAGCUGCGACUGGAGGAGGUGAUCGGCGCAGGCGGGUUCGGGAAGGUCUACAGAGGGGUUUGGCGGAAUGAGGAAGUGGCGGUUAAGGCGGCGCGGCAGGACCCGGACGAGGACAUCAGCGCCACGGCGGAGAGCGUCCGGCAGGAGGCCCGGCUCUUCUGGAUGCUGCAGCACCCCAACAUCAUCGCCCUGCGGGGGGUGUGCCUGAAGGAGCCCAACCUGUGCCUGGUCAUGGAGUACGCCCGCGGGGGCGCCCUGAACAGGGCGCUGGCUGGGAAAAAGGUCCCUCCCAGGGUGCUGGUCAACUGGGCCGUGCAGAUCGCCACUGGCAUGGACUACCUGCACAACCACACCAUCGUACCCAUCAUUCACCGAGACCUGAAAUCUAGCAACAUUCUGAUCCUGGAGCAGGCGGACAGGGAGGACGUGUGCUGGAGGACGCUGAAGAUCACGGAUUUCGGGCUGGCGCGAGAGUGGCACCGCACCACCAAGAUGAGCGCGGCGGGGACCUACGCCUGGAUGGCCCCGGAGGUCAUCAAGCUGUCCCUCUUCUCCAAGAGCAGCGACGUCUGGAGUUUUGGCGUGUUGCUGUGGGAACUGCUGACAGGCGAGGUGCCGUACCGGGAGAUUGACGCCCUGGCGGUGGCAUACGGCGUGGCCAUGAGCAAGCUGACCCUGCCAAUCCCAUCCACCUGCCCCGAGCCCUUCGCCCGCCUGCUGGAAGAGUGCUGGUGCCCCAACCCGCAUGGGCGCCCAACUUUUGAUAGCAUUCUGAAGCGGCUGCUGUCCAUCGAGCAGUCGGCCAUGUUCCAGAUGCCCCUGGAGUCCUUUCACCUGCUGCAGGAGGACUGGCGCGUGGAGAUCCAGCAGAUGUUUGACGAGCUGCGAGCCAAGGAAAAGGAGCUGAGGUCCUGGGAGGAGGCGCUAGCACGGGCAGCGGAGGAGCAGCGCGAGCAGGAGGAGCAGCUUAGGCGGAGGGAGCAGGAGCUGGCGGAGCGGGAGAUCGACAUAGUGGAGCGCGAGCUCAACAUCAUCAUCCACCAGAUGUACCAGGAGAAGCCUCGAGUCAAGAAGCGCAAGGGCAACUUCAAGAAGAGCAGGCUGCUCAAGCUGGGCCGCGACAGCAACCGCAUCAGCCUGCCAUCUGGAUUUGAGCAUAAGAUCACAGUGCAGGCCUCCCCCAGUGUGGAUAAGAGGAAGCCACAGGGCAGUGAGAGCACCACCCCUCCCGCCAGCCCUGGAAUCAUUCCCCGACUGAGGGCCAUACGCCUGACACCCAGUGACGGAAGUAAGACCUGGGGCCGCAGUGCCGUGUGCAAAAAGGAGGACCUGGCAGCCAAUAAGAAGAAGGGCCGCACCUGGGGGCCCAGCUCCACCCACCAGAGAGAGCGGCUGGGCGGAGAGGACAGGCUGAAGUCCCUCGGCGAAGGGUGUAAGCAGUGGUCCUCCAGUGCCCCAAAUUUGGGCAAGUCCCCCAAACACAUCCCCAUGAGCGGCGGUUUCUCCAGUCUCAACGAAAUGGAGGAACACUCAGACUCCCAGGAGUCCCCGGUGUCCCAGCAGCCCUCGGAGGCGGACAGUAACGGCGCGCUGGAGGAGGGCGGGGCCUCGUGGGUGGGGGCGGGUUCUGGGACGGGGGCCCAGGAUUCGGCCCGCCGCUGCGGCCAGCGCAAGAAGAGUGACCUCAUCCUGCUGAGCUGUGCCUCCCUGCUGGCCUCCGUGGCCCUGGGGCAGGACCUGGCCCAGCUGGGACGCCUGCAGGUAUGCCAGGAUGAACAGGAGCAGAGGGAGGAGCAGCGUAAGAAGAAGGAGGGGCUGUUCCAGCGGGCGGGGCGCUUCCGCCGAAGCACCUCCCCCCCAAGCCGCACCCUGUCGCUCUCUCUGUCCCACGGGCGGCACCACGAAUCCACCCUCCCCAACCUGGACCCCUCGCCUUCCGUCACCCUCCUCUCCCUCUCCUCACUGUCCGACUGCAACUCCACCAAGUCUCUACUGCCCUCCGACCCUGACGACCCCUUCCUGACCCCCACCGGCCCCGCCCUGGGCCCCGCCCCCUCCCCCAGCCCCGCCCUCAACCCCCUGCUGGACCUGCGGGCCGAGAGCUUCAAGCGGGAGCCCAACCAGUCGCUGACGCCCACGCACGUGUCCGCCACGCUGGCCGUCAACCGCGGCCACCGCCGGACCCCGUCCGAUGGCGCCAUCCGACCGCGCGCCCAGACAAUGGGUCACCGACGCACCCCAUCCGACGGCAGCGCGCCCCUAACCCCCACCCCCAUAACCACGCCUCUGUCGUUACUCCCAGGUUCCCGGGACACUCUGGAGAUCCCCCGCCUGCCCGACCCCUCCUCCCUCUUCCCGCCGGCGCAGCGUCGCAAGGCUCCCCCUCCGCCCCCGCCCGAGCGGGAAAGCCCAGCAGGGGGCGGGGGCACCCUGGAGCGGCCCAAGACCCUGGAGUUCGCCCCCCGGCCGCGGCCCACGCCGGUCCGGGCGCGGGCAGACCCCUGGAGGCUGGGCUCCCUGUCCCGAACCCUGAGCUCGUCCCCCGGCAGCAGCUGCGACAGCCCGCUGGGGUCUGCGGAUGGGGGCGUGGCUGGGGGCGGGGCUACUACAGGUACGAGCAAGCCCACCCUGCUGGACAUGGACACUGAGGGGCAGAGCCAGGACAGCACCGUGCCCCUGUGUGGGCAGAACGCCCCUCCCUCGACCCUCUGUGGGCAGAACAUCUCCUAGCGAACACCUCCAAACCCCUCACCCCCUCUUUUCCUGUUCAUUGCUGCUUACCCACCUUUUAUCCCCCAACCACCCAGGCCCAUCUCCGUUCUCUCACACACACAGACAGCAUACCAAGACUGCACGGGCUCGACCAGUGUUGCCUCUUGUACUUAAUGUUAAUUUAUUCCUUGGGAGUGGACUACUCUUAUUUUUUAUAUAUAAAUAUAAUAGUCUGCAUUUUAUUCAUUUUUCAAGCAUUAUUCCUGCCAGUGUGUACAUGAAUGCUUUUGAAAAGCUGUUUUAUGUUGGCUAGGUAAGGGCGUUGUGUGCGACAGUAAAUCGAGGGUUUAACACACUGCAUCAGUAAUCUACUGGAAUGCACUCUUCACAAGACCUGGAACGGAAUUAUUAUCGUUAUUUAUUAGCAUAAGCUGAAAGAAUGCAGUGUGGAUAACCCUUGUGUCCAUAAGGAUGUACCGCUAGUAGGCCUAUUCGUAAUAUGGAUAUAUGUGUGCCUGUGAGCGUUAUGUAGCAGAAGACACAAGCGUCAAGAAUACCCCGUCCAUAAUUUUCAUUCCUUAAUUAUACUGUACAUUUUUGCUGUUUACAUACAGACAACAUUCCCUCGUUCUCUCCUAUCAAAAACCGCGGACAGCUUGGCAGUAGGGUACUGCACAGCUAAGCCGGGAAAAGGGAGAGGGACAUGGGGGGGAGGUGGGCAGGAAAAUGAGGGUUUUAUCACAACGCACAAUGCGUGCAUUUCACAGCAAACAGCUUUCAUAGCUCUUUGAAAACUACCUGUUUUCUACGACAACUUACCAAACAUUCCUUUCGGAGAACGGCACCUUCAAAUGGACGUUAUUCGUGUUAUUCUCCCACCAAGCACUCUGGAGGAGUGAAAAAGAGGCACGCCGACACAGCAGGAAAAAGUGUUUCUGGCCAACACCGGGUGAAACCAUGCGCGAGACUUGCGGAUCUGGGUUCUGCGCAACUUCUGGAGCAGCAUGGGGACUUAAAAAAAAAAAUGUAUGGGGGGUAUUUUUAAUUGUCAUUAUUUGUACGAGAUUAUUUUAAGUAGCAGGAUCUAAGGAACUGAACCAGUUAUAUUUUCAUCUGAGUGAACUGAGAACACUGAAUAUUUAUUAUUACUGUAAUGAUCAAGAAAAUCGUCGUUCAUCAUUGCUGUUGUCUUUAGCCUCUUCCCAGGAAUUUCUGUAUAUAUUUGUAGAUACAACGGAAUCCAACCAACUACCCAAGCAACAACUACCUUUGUUGGACACCUGACUGAUGUUCAUAUAUGGAGUUUUUGAUUUGAACUUGUGACGUUUGAGGCUAAAUGAGUGUGGCAGUCUGAUGAUAAAGAUUAUUAAUUAAAGUGUGAAUAAAAUAAAAUGUAAAAAACAGGCAAUCUU